AAGGCUUCUACGAUCAGCCCCCCCGCGGGAUGCUAAACGGGCCCAUGCCUCGCGGGCCAAUCCGCGCAGACUUCCGCCCGCCUCCGCCGCAGGGGGGCAAGCGUGACUUCUCCGGCAGCUGGCGCAGGGAGGGGGGGGAAGCGGUGGGGCCGAAGCACCCAGGGCGGGGAGACAUGGGACUGCCGUAUGGAAUCCGUGCAGAGGGGGUCCUGGGGGGGAGGGGCCGGGGGAGGGGAGUGGAGGACCGGCGCCCGAGGGGGGGUGGGCGAGGAGGGAUGGGCGUGGGGCCUGGGAGAGGGCCCCCCACACCCGAUCGGGAUUGGUCGUGGCGGGCUCCUGAGAGUGCGGGUGUGCCGGGGCAAAGCAUGCCUACUCAGGAACGGAAGGUCGGCGAGGAAGCUGUUGCUGCCAAGGUCGUUGAGGCGGAGGGCGUGAGCAAAGACUCGUUGCCAGAGGGAAAAGCAGUAAGUGCUGAGGGCACGAGAGCAGAGGUGGGGGCGCCAGCACUGCCAGCUGACAACAGCCAAGUCAAGCAGUCCGUUCGCUCCGAGCACCUUCCCCAGGAUCACGAUUCCCGGCGGCAGCAGCAAGGAGCGGUGUCAUUCACGCACCCCCCCAAGCUGGACACCCAGUCACUCCCUCAGCUCAACUUCAUGGCUUCACAACUGUCGCCUGGCUUCCCGCCCCCCACCUUGCAGUUUGGCCUCCCCCAGACCCCCCGGACGCUGAAUGCGGCCAGCCAGCAAGUAAGCCUCGCGCCCGAGGUGCUCCAGGCGCUCUCCAAGUACUCGCACCACUCAGACUCGCAGAAGCUGAUUGAGCAAGUCACGCAGCGCCAGCCAAAGGAGCAGCUGCCAGUGGAAGCGCGCCAGGUGGCGGCGCCAGAGCCGACACAAGAGGGGCUCGAGAAGCCAGCUCAGCAGGCUGCGCCCCCGCUGCCUCCCCCCCAGAACGCGUGGGUGGCGCGGCAAGCGGCCGCCCUGGCCGCCGCUGCAAAAGAGAGCGUGCCCCCACCCCAGGAGACAAAGCCGUCGAGAGCCCCCCCCGGGAAAGAUACGCACAGGGAAGUGGUGAACGCUACGUCAGGUCAGCAGCCGCCCCGGGUGGCACAACACUGGCAGCAGGGGGGUGUGGCAGAGAGUGGGGGGGAGAAUGUUGGAGGAGCAGGGUUGCUGGGGUCGGGAGACGUUGCCUGGGGGCAGCGCCCUGCCGCAACGACACCUGGCAGAGGCAAGGGGGGAGCACAGGGAGGAAACCGGGGCCGCGGCCGGGGGCCAGCUCCAGGCAUGGGACGUGGAGGCGCUGGCGACGGCACAACAAAUGACGGACCGAUCGAGGGCCCAGGUCGCGGCCGGGGGCCUCGGGGCCGUGGAGGAGCACCCCCCCACCAGAGACAAAACCACCCAGAGCACUCCCCCCAGCAGCGGCUCCCACAGGUGGCAGGCCCAACCGGAUGGGGUCCAAAGCCGGCAGACAGCGACGGGAUGCCCAGUGCAACUGGCUGGGGAGAAGCACAGCCGCAGUCGAUUCUCGGUCAGCCGCCAGCUGGCAAGCGGAGCGCUGAGGACGAUUUGGACAUUGAUGAGCUGCAGAGCGGCGUGUUUGGGCAGCAGGCAGGGGGGGAGUCGGUGGAGGCGCGGGGGGGAAGGAGGAAGGAGGAGAAGAAGGAGCGGGGCAAGGGGCCGCAGCCGGGCAAGGGUCCAUCCUCGUCGGACCUGCGCUCAGACGCCCGCCAAAGCUUGCGACCUGGCGGUCAGGACGCUGCACCUCGCAAGGUCCCCGCAUCGGCUACUACGGCAAUGGGCGAGUUGCGGCCACCAGUAAGCAUGAUUUCAGAAGAGAAGCAGACGACCGCUCAACCGACGAUCACGUUUGGAGCGCAAUCGCCGAUGCAAGUGGCCUCGUCUCGCGCCGGCCAAAAGGAGACUGGCUUUCCCAUGCCCCACCCUGAGGCUGCACAGAAGGGUCCCAGUGCGGGCCUCAAUGUCUGGGGCGGCGCUCACUCUACGCUGCAGGCCAUCAACCUGUCCCAGAUGCAGCUCGACAACGCGAUGCGCCAGCACGAGUACGACAAUUUGCCCACCACGCUUGGGCUCGAGGCGGACCCCAAGCACUUCUCGCAGGGGGGUCCCCACCUGCCCAUUCCCAUCCCCCUGCAAGGCAACAACUUCACCUUCGGCGCGCUCAGUCCCACCCAACUCCCCCCCCAUCCCGGAACCGGCCCGCUCUUACCCCCCGAAGCAAAGAAAGACAUUGUCGGUGCAGCGGGGGGGCCAUUUGCCAAGCGGAACAGGGGGGGCGAGCACGUCUCAGAGGACGACGAUGGGCCGGAGGAUAAGGAGGCGGAAGCGGCGGCGUCGGCAAUCGCAGCAGCGGCCAUCGGAGACAGCGAGUCUGAACAGGAGGGGCGGAUUCUCAAUGUGGGGAAGAAACGGCAGGGCAGCGAGGGGGGCGCCGACGCACUCCCGGCGGACCUGUCGGUGGAUGCGGUGGAGGAAGGGGAGGGCGACGUGCGGCAGCAGCACAUGCCGAACGGGCCGCCGAUGAUGCAGCAGCCGGGGGGGCCCUUCGCUGGCCACCCGGGUGGCGGCCCGCAGAGCUUCUCCCCCGAGGCGCUGCAGGCGAUGGCAGAACGCGGCCAGGUGCCUGGGCCUGGAUGGGCGCCUUCGAUGCACCCGCAGCAGUUCUCCAUGGGGAUGGACUCCUUUUUCGGACCCCCGCCCCAGGGGGGCUUCCCCGGGGCGUUCAUGAACCGGCCAGGCCAGAACCACAUGAUGAUGUACAACCACCCCUUCGGCCCCGUGGGCCAGUUCGGGCAACUAGGCAUGGGCUUCAUGAACCCCGGUUACCUGCCCACCGGCAAGCAGCCCGACUGGAAGCACACCCCCCCUGCGGAGGGCGCCCCCGGUUCGGGGGGGCGGGACUCCCCCCCACAGCACCAGCAGCAGAGGGCCCUGUCCCAGGGUCCGCCGAGCUCGGCGCCAGGCAGCGGGCAGCGCAACUUUGCGCCAGGGGCGGUCGCGAGGCCUCAGGGGCCGUUUGAGGGGGUGCACAAUCCGUUCCAGAAUCUGGGACCGGACCCUGGUCCUUGGGCGCACAUGGGCCGCCCCCCCCACAGCCCGCAACACCCCCCCCACAUGCAAGGGGCGCCCUUCUUCAACGCCAUGCUCCAGCAGCAACAAUUCGGCGAGGGGGGGAUCCCCCUGCCGCCGCACUCCCUCGAGGGGGGCAUGCCACCCUUUGCCGAUUUGCAGAAGCCGCAGGGGGGGGCCAGCAGCCGCAGCGAAAGCGUGCACAGCGACCCUGCCGCGCAGUUCCCCGACGAGCUGGGGGGGCCACCAGAACAAGGGCCCGCGAGGGGGGGGGACGUAGACGAACAGGGUGCGUCGCGGCGGGGGGGUGUGGUGAGGACGGUCCAGAGGCCCAGGAGGGGCGGGGGGCGAGGGGGCAGAGGGGGAGGUAACGGAGCCGGGAACCAAGACAAGGGCGACGGGAACGUAAACGGAGGAAGAGACAGGGGGCAGCAGCAGCCGGGGGGGGGCAAUCCGAGGCAACAAACCGAGCAAGGGCCGCACCGAGGAGGGCGGGGGGGUCAGGGGAGAGGGCCAGUUGCGGGCCAGGGGCCGCAGCGGGGGGCUGCGUCGGGGUCGAGGAGGGGUGGGGGGAGAAUGGGUGGCGGGGAACGGCCGCCCGCAGCGAACGGGGGAGUUGCACCCGGAGGCGGUAAUGCAGCCGCUCGCGAGGCAGCCAAGGUGAAGCAGGUGUACGUGGCAAAGCAGGGGGCCGCCGCGCCACUGCCGAGGAAGGAAGGGCCGGCCGGGGGGCGCCAGCAAAGCGUCUGA